AUGGCCCAAGAGGGGUCUAGCUACUAUGAUUCGCCUUACAUGGUAGAGUUCUACAAUCUCAAGUGGGGCAAACCCAGCAUGCCAGACAUGGAUAUAUACUGGAAAAUAUUCACCGAUGCAGUCACCCAACACAGAGAAGCGGCGCCAGACAAACCCUUCACAGUUCUCGACGUCGGAACUGGUGCCGGCCGUGUACCACUCGGUCUGUUACAGCGUGCCGUAGCCGCCUCAUUCGAUACUCGUAACAUUCAAAUGAUUGGACUAGACAACGCGCAGCACAUGCUGGAUUUAGCGGCUAAGCUAGAAUCAAAGACAGACAACAAUACUCCCCCUGUUACUUGGGUUUUAGGCAACGCUCUCGCACUCGAUGAGCUUCCCACCCUCUUGCCGCUAUCUGACAAGCAUAUAACCAUCGAUCUCCUUGUCUUCGCAUUUAAUAGCGUGUGCCAUAUGGAGCGGGAUGGAGAGCUCGCGCAGUUUUUCCUGCAGGUCAGUAAAGUGCUCACACCAGGCACGGGACGGGCCUGCAUAGGUCUUGCCGAUUGGUUCCUGCUCAAUCCAGAAGAGGAUAUGAAGGUUCGAGCUGAGAGCGAGGAACUGCCACCGCCAGAGGACGUCCAGAGUGUCGACUUUCCGGGAAUUCGGUACCACACUACCAUGAACCGGAUGGAUUGCCAGGGCAAACUGUGCGUCUGUGGGGAGGAUGUACAGGUCUUCAAGCAGCUGGAUGAUGGCAAAGACAAGGAAAUUGAAAUCCAUCGGGUCAGGCACUCACUGCGCUGGUUUACAAAGCCUGAGUUCUCGACCGCAAUUGAAGCCGCAGGGUUACGAAUCGUGGAAGUGAGCAAAGUGGAUGAAAGUGAAGAGACCGCCGGUUACGACGAUAAUAUUUACAUCUUGCAGCGGGCGUAA